CUGAGCACACUGUCUUCCUGAACUAAGGUGUUCCUGAGGAAAAUACUGAGCUGACAGCUCCAUAUUCUGCUGGUCAUCCGCACCUCACAAGGAAAGAUUUAGACGGCUAUGAAAUUUAUCUUCUGUCUGAGUGUCCUUGCUGGGACAUUUUUCCCCGCUCACUCAUCUGUGCAGAAGGAAGACCAUGCCCCCUAUCUGGUAUACCUCAAGUCUCACUUCAACCCCUGUGUGGGUGUCCUCAUCAAAAGCAGCUGGGUGCUGGCCCCCGCUCACUGCUACCUACCAAACCUGAAAGUGAUGCUGGGAAAUCUCAGGGUCAGAAUCAGAGAUGGGACAGAGCAGAUAAUUGACCCUAUCCAGAUUGUCCGCUACUGGAACUACAGUCAUAGUUCCCCCCAGGAUGACCUCAUGCUCAUUAGGCUGGCUAAGCCCGCCAACCUCAACCACAAAGUCCAGCCCAUUCCCCUCGCCACCAGCACUGUCAAGCCAGGCACCGUCUGUAUGCUUUCAGGCUUGGACUGGAGCCAAGACAACAGCGGCAGACACCCUGAUUUAAGGCAGAACCUGGAGGCCCCCAUGAUGUCUGAUGCAGACUGCCAGAAAACCGAACAAGGAAAAAGCCACAGAAACUCCAUAUGUGUUAAAUUUGUGAAAGUGUUCAGUCGAAUUUUUGGGGAGGUGGCCGUUGCUACUGUCAUCUGCAAAGGCAAGCUACAGGGGAUCGAGGUCGGACACUUCAUGGGAGGGGAUGUGGGCAUCUACACCAAUGUUCAGAAAUAUAUCACCUGGAUUGAGAACGUCACUAAAGACAAGUAAGACCAGACUACUCCGUCUGCAUCCCAGUGGCUCUGCCCUGACAACACUAACCACAACUUUCCCCAAAUUCAAAAUAAAACGUCCAAAUAGAAAUAUUGGGAUGUAUCACACCA